CAGGAUGGCGGCGGUCGGUGCUGCUGCUGCAGCUGCUGAGGCCGAGUCGUCGGACAGUGAACCAGAGCAGGAGCACGGGUCCCCGCAGAAACUCAUCCGGAAGGUCUCCACGUCCGGUCAGAUCCGCAGCAAGACCAUACUGAAAGAGGGAAAGUUAAUGAAACAGACCAAUUUCCAGCGCUGGAAGAGGCGUUAUUUCAAACUGCGGGGCAGAACACUGUACUACGCCAAAACAGCAAAGUCCAUUAUCUUUGAUGAAGUGGAUCUGACAGAUGCCAGUGUGGCCGAAUCCAGCACCAAAAACGUCAACAACAGCUUCACUGUGAUCACUCCGUGUCGUCGACUCAUUCUGUGUGCAGAAAACAGGAAAGAAAUGGAGGAGUGGAUCGCGGCGCUCAAGAGUGUUCAGAACAGAGAGCACUUUGAGUCGACUCAGUUCAGUAUGGAUCAUUUCUCUGGGAUGCACAACUGGUACGCCUGUUCCCACGCGCGACCCACCUACUGUAACGUCUGUCGAGAGGCUCUUUCUGGAGUCACGUCUCACGGCCUGUCUUGCGAAGUGUGUAAGUUCAAGGCUCAUAAGCGCUGCGCGGUCAGAGCCACCAAUAACUGCAAAUGGACCACACUGGCCUCUAUCGGCAAAGACAUACUGGAGGACGAGGACGGGAUCUCGAUGCCUCAUCAGUGGCUGGAGGGGAAUCUGCCGGUCAGUGCUAAGUGUACGGUGUGUGAUAAAACCUGUGGCAGUGUCCUCCGACUGCAGGACUGGCGCUGUCUCUGGUGUAAAGCCAUGGUGCAUGCUGGCUGUAAAGAUCAGCUCUCUCCGAAGUGCCCUCUGGGUCAAUGUAAAGUCUCUGUGAUUCCACCCACAGCCCUCAACAGCAUCGACUCGGACGGUUUCUGGAAAGCGACGUGUCCUCCGACCUGCACGAGUCCACUGCUGGUGUUUGUGAACAGUAAAAGUGGAGAUAAUCAGGGUGUGAAGUUUCUGCGCCGCUUUAAGCAGCUGUUGAAUCCAGCACAAGUGUUUGACCUGAUGAACGGCGGUCCACAUCUGGGGUUACGUCUGUUUCAGAAGUUCGACACGUUUCGUAUUCUGGUGUGUGGAGGAGACGGCAGCGUCGGCUGGGUUUUGUCAGAGAUAGACGCCCUAACUUUACAUAAGCAGUGCCAGCUGGGUGUGCUUCCUCUGGGCACAGGGAACGACCUGGCUAGAGUUCUGGGAUGGGGAUCGGCGUGCGACGAUGACACGCAGUUACCGCAGAUCCUGGAGAAACUGGAGAGAGCCAGCACUAAGAUGCUGGACAGGUGGAGCAUUAUGGUUUAUGAGACCAAGUUACCGCGGCAACACUCUAGCUCCACGGUGACGGAGGACUGUAGUGAUGACUCAGAGGUGCAGCACAUUCUGACCUAUGAGGACUCUGUCGCUGCUCAUCUGUCCAAAAUCCUGACAUCCGAUCAGCACUCUGUAGUCAUCUCCUCUGCCAAAGUCUUGUGCGAGACGGUGAAGGAUUUUGUGGCAAAAGUUGGACGUGCGUACGAGAAAAACACAGAAAACUUAGAGGAAUCAGAGGCCAUGGCUAAAAAGUGUGGCGUGCUUAAGGAAAAGCUGGACUCGUUACUGAAGACUCUAAACGAUGAAGCUCAGGCCUCCAGUGUGAUGAGCGCACCUCCGCCCACCAUCGCUGAAGAGCAAAUCGAUGGGGAGGGAGUGGUUUUAGCUCCGCCCACUGCCCCGCCCACAAUCACCACUCCAUGUUCACCACGACCACCUGCCGCCAUCUUUAAACCCCGAGAACAGCUGAUGUUACGCGCCAACAGCCUGAAGAAAGCCAUCAGACAGAUCAUAGAGCACACGGAGAAAGCGGUGGAUGAACAGAACGCUCAAACAGAGGAAGGUUUGCUGUCAUUACCAGCAGAAGAUGAAGAUGAGGAUGAAGAUUCAGAGCGAUUGUACAGCAACAGACCAAGAAGCAGUCGAAGAGCGUCUAAAACUCCAUGUGAGAAGCUCAUCAGUAAAGGAAACCUGUCCAUAGGCAGCUCCGCCUCACUUCCAGCUCAGACAGGAAGCAGAGAGAAUAUGCCAAUGCUGAACACAAAGAUCCUCUACCCAAGUCUCAGAGCAGGUGUUUCUGGCUCUUUCAGUGGUUCAGUGAUCAGCAGGUUAUUGGUCAACGCUGACCCAUUUAACUGUGACCCAGAGAACCUGGAUCUGUACACUGAGAAAUGUGUGAUGAAUAAUUAUUUCGGGAUCGGUCUGGAUGCUAAGAUCUCUCUGGAUUUCAAUAAUAAACGAGACGAGCAUCCAGAGAAAUGCAGGAGUCGCACUAAAAACAUGAUGUGGUACGGAGUUCUGGGAACUAAAGAGCUUCUGCACAGAACAUACAAGAACCUGGAGCAGAGAGUUCUGCUGGAGUGUGACGGGAGGCCGAUUCCCUUCCCAGUCUUCAAGGAAAUCGCUGUGUUGAACAUUCCCAGUUACGCUGGAGGAACUAACUUCUGGGGAGGAACCAAAGAGGAUGAUACGUUCACAGCACCAUCGUUUGAUGAUAAGAUCCUGGAGGUGGUGGCGGUGUUCGGCAGUAUGCAGAUGGCGGUUUCUAGAGUUAUUAAUUUACAGCACCACCGUAUCGCACAGUGUCGAACAGUGAAGAUCACCAUUCUGGGAGAUGAAGGUGUGCCAGUGCAGGUGGACGGUGAGGCCUGGAUUCAGCCACCGGGAUACAUCCGCAUCCUGCACAAGAACCGCACGCAAACCCUCACCAGAGACCGGGCUUUCGAGAGCACGCUGAAGUCCUGGGAGGACAAACAGAGAGGAGAGAUUCCACGGCUGCUUUCCCAGCAUGCAUCACAGCCGGAGACCGUUUCUGAAGAGGAAACCACUCAGAUCAGCCUGUUCGGGCAAGCGGCCGGAGCACUGAUACACAGCAUCAGGGAAGUGGCUCAGUCUCAUCAGACUAUCGAGCAGGAGUUAGCUCAUCGCCAGCUCUAAAGCCAUGAUCUGGUGUACGCAAACUCCAAGAGCAGCGCGGGUUUGAGCUGUAAUGUGGUGAUGGAGAUGGUCAGUAACGUCAGAGCUCUUCACAGCGAGACUGAACUGCUGCUCGCUGGAAAGAUGAGUCUGCAGUUGGAUCCUCCUCAGAGAGAUGAGCUGGUGUGUGCGCUCUCCUCCGUGACGCAGCAGUUGCGCAGACUGUCAGACAUCGGCUGGCUCAGUCAGCUCAUCGACCCGGCUGACCACGAGGGUCAGCUGUCUGAUUUCUCCAAGCGGAGUCGCAGUGCAAAAUUCCGCCUGGCCCAAUUCAAGAAGGACAAAAACAAUAAAAACAAGGAGACGUGCGCCGCCCUCAACAUGCCAGUGAGUUCGUGGGGUGUGGAUGAAGUAGGCGUGUGGCUGGAGAUGCUCUGUCUGUCUGAAUAUAAGGAGAUCUUCAUCAGACACGACAUUAGAGGACCAGAACUGCUGCAGCUGGAGAGGAGAGACCUGAAGGACCUCGGUGUGACUAAAGUUGGCCAUAUGAAGCGGAUUCUGCAGGGAAUCAGGGAUUUGAGUCGAAACAGCACAGCCAGUGAAGCCUAGACACUCCUCAGCCAAUCAGAUGCCUCACCCAGAUGUGAUGCAGUUCAUCCAGCCAAUCAGACGCUCCAUCAUGACUGGAACCAGCCAUACUCCGCCCACUAGUGGCAACUCGGCCAAUCACAGUGCCUUCUGCUCUCCACCUUUGUGACAUCAUCACUUUGGAGGAACUACUGUACUACCUAUAAAGGGGAGAUUUAUCAGGAGCCAUCACAGAAGGGGUCGUACCAAUAUCACAGAAGGGGUGGACUGAAUCAUCUUCGGGCCAAAUCAAAACUCAACCUUUGAAGACAAGGUGAAAUCAACAUUUAAAGUUUAAAUUCUACAAAUAUUUCUGCCAUCAAAAUUUUAUACUUCUGUGUAACAACUUUUAAUUUCUGCUGAUGUCAUCGAGGCCCUUUGGAAAGGGAUGAUUAUAUUAGCCAAUAAUAUGAUAUGAUGAUAUGAUAUUAAGUCCCGCCCUGAAAUUUUUUAGUGCGUUUUGUAAUCUCACUUUACACUGUGUUACAUGUUGUCUUGAAGUUUGACUGUGUUUCAAAUCCUAGUGAGCUCCCUUCAUGUAUAACACCUACAUAGACAGCUGCCAUCGUAUGCUCAAUAGAGAUUUCUGUUACAAUUCGAUCGUUUUAUUUCCAUAUAAUAAUUGUAAAAUACAACAUAUUAAAAUAACAUUUUAAAUUGUAGAUUAAAAUCUACAUUUUAUAUUUAUGCAUUUGGCAAAUGCCUUAAUUCAAAGCAAAAUACACUCCAGUAAAUCAAUGAAGAUAUUAAUAAUAUUAUUAAUAAUAACAAUUUAAAUAUUUGAUCAAGUAAUUAGUAAAAUAAA